UACCGUGUCCCCCGUCCUCUCCUACUCCUCCUCCUUCCUCCGCCGCCGCCUUCGUUCUGAGUGUGAGUUGAGAAGUCCAGACGGCUCCUACGUAAGAGCCAAACCGCGUUUUAAAGGGAGAAAAUGUCCGCAGGUUGUCUCUUCCGAACCGGAGAGGCGAGGUGAAAAGUGAAUUUGACAAAACCAGAGCAAGUGAGUGAGCGGACGUGCGUGUGGUCGUAGUGGUGCGGAGGGGGGAAAUGUUGGCGCCGCGUAGCCGCCGCAGCGUCUCGGACUUCGGCGAACAGACUGGCUAUUGUCGCUGAUUGGCUCCGGGAGAUGGACGAUUUCUUCCGUUCGACGACCCCCUUUUGAAGCACUUUGAAACGAAACUCCAAUGAAGUGAGUGCCGUACUGGCGUCUCCAGUCGCUUAAAUGUCUGCAAUGACGAAAGGCCGAAUGUUUCUUUUGAUUUUGAUCGCUUUGGCCCCUCCCUGCACUAGCUUGGAAGCUGAGAGCGACACAAGGGGCUCUGAAUGCUUCUGUGAAGGGUCGUCAUGCAGCGACGCUGACAGUUGUUCGGGCCUGCAGUGCUUUACCUCUGCCUCCUUACUGAAUGGUACAUGGGAGUUUCAGAAGGGAUGCAUUGUGGGUAAUCAAGAAGAAAAGUGCGGGAUCCCGCCGACUCAUGAGUUGGUAAUGGAGUGCUGCUACGGAGAUCUGUGCAACAUGAACGUGACUCUACAGCAGCGUAUUAAAGAUGUGGAAGCGUCUGCCGGCAGACCAAUCCUCCGAGAGCAGGAGUGCGCGUGCGAGGGCGCCGCCUGCCAGCCCCACCGGCGCUGCGCCGGCCAACAUUGCUUUUCCUCCCUCAAGGUGACGGACGGCACCGCCGUCCAGCAGAAGGGCUGCCUGAGGGACGACGACGUGGGCCGAGCCACCUGCGCCACGCCGCCCUCGCCGGCCCACGUUGUCAAGUGCUGCCAGGGCCAUCUGUGUAACAUGAACGUCACUGUGCAAGCUCCGGGGAAAGAGGAAGUGAAGCCCCUUGUCAAAGAGAAGCAUGAGUGCGUGUGUGAGGGCAGCUCGUGCGCUACGGGGAAUCGCUGCAUGGGAAGCCAGUGUUUCUCUUCCUUGACCGUCAACGGCGGCUCUCUGAUGUACCAGAAAGGUUGCUUUAAUGUCUACGAGCAGAGUACGAUGACCUGCAAGACUCCACCUUCCAGAGACCAGAUUGUGGAAUGCUGCUUCGGGCACUUGUGUAACCUGAACAGCACCGUGCAGCUUCCCGUCAAAGCCGACGAGCUGUCAAACUACAGCGUGACCAUGCUGGCUGUCGUCAUCGUGGCGCCCAUACUCAUCCUGGUCGUCCUCUCGGCCAUCGCCAUUCUGGUGUUCAGACGCAUCCACCACAAUCAGAUGGAAAGACUGACCUCUCGAGAUGCCGAAUACGGAACCAUUGACGGUCUCAUUGCAUCCAAUGUGGGGGAAAGCACACUUGCGGAUCUACUUGAUCACUCCUGCACUUCAGGAAGCGGCUCCGGCCUGCCUUUCCUAGUUCAGAGGACCGUGGCUCGACAAAUCACUCUCAACGAGUGUGUGGGUAAAGGCCGCUAUGGCGAAGUGUGGCGAGGCCAGUGGCAAGGAGAGAGUGUCGCUGUGAAGAUCUUCUCCUCCCGAGACGAGAAGUCCUGGUUCAGAGAAACGGAGAUCUAUAACACAGUGCUUCUAAGACACGAGAACAUCCUGGGCUUCAUCGCAUCUGACAUGACCUCCAGAAACUCCAGCACGCAGCUGUGGCUUAUAACCCACUACCACGAGAUGGGCUCCCUGUACGACUACCUUCAGCUGAGCACGCUGGACGCGUGCAGCUGCCUCCGCAUGGCACUCUCCAUCGCCAGUGGCUUGGCGCAUCUGCACGUGGAGAUCUUUGGCACCCAGGGCAAGCCGGCCAUCGCCCACCGGGACCUGAAGAGCAAAAACAUUCUGGUCAAAAAGAACGGGCAGUGUUGCAUCGCCGAUCUCGGUCUAGCGGUCAUGCAUUUCCAAGACACCAACGAACUGGAUGUGGGUAACAACCCCAAAGUGGGCACCAAGCGCUACAUGGCCCCCGAGGUGUUAGAUGACUCCAUACAGAUGGACUGCUUCGAGUCCUACAAGAGGGUGGACAUCUGGGCCUUGGGCCUCGUUUUGUGGGAGGUUGCCAGGAGGACGGUCAGCAACGGCAUCGUAGAGGACUACAAGCCUCCCUUUCAUGACGUGGUGCCCAGUGAUCCUAGUUUUGAGGACAUGAAAAAGGUGGUCUGCGUGGACCAGCAGAGGCCCAACAUACCCAACCGAUGGUUCUCGGACCCAACAUUAAUCUCCAUGGCAAAACUGAUGAAGGAGUGCUGGUAUCAGAACCCGUCGGCCCGACUGACGGCGCUACGCAUCAAAAAGACUCUGACAAAGAUCAACAGCUCGGUGGACAAAAUGAAAACGGACAUUUGAAUCGGGCGCUGUACUUUUCUUGACGAACUUGCCUUCACGGUGGGGUGUGUGCCCUUAUAGCGGCACAUGCCAGUAUUUAUUUGAAAAGACUUGGCGGGACACAUUUUGGUAUCCAAAGAUGGCUUACCAGGCUCUUGGGAAUAGGACAUUCAAUAGGAACUAAUCAUAAUCUAGGAGCUGGAGUUUGGCUCUUACCUGGACUUUGUUGCUUUGGCUUUUUUUAAAUCCUCACUUUGGAGGUCACGAUGACUGACAUCACGUUUCUUUCCCAGUUUGGUUUGUUAGCGCAACGCUGUUCCAGUGUCAGCAAUCUUUUAAACACUUGUACAGUUCACAGUCUUAGCAUAUGACCAUGUACAAUGACAUACGCGCUUUUAUUUGUUUUUGUUUUUUUUUAGUUCCACGCAAGAGAAAAGAUGAAUAUAUAAAAUACCUGCACAGUGAUGCUGACGUCAGCCCUCUGCCUCCUCCCUUAACGGAGGCCUGUACUGUAAGUUUGCCUUGAUGCCGUCUUAACGUGUGUGUAUUGUCAAGUUGAUGAAGUCCAACUUCAACUUUUUUUUUUUUCCCUCUAACAUUUUAUAUCAACUAGUGGUUUCUAUUAAUUAAAUAGAAAACAAGUAUAUUUCCUGGUCUGGUUUGUCUUAUUGCUUAUUUGUUCAGUUCAUUCGCUGUCAUCCUUCCCACUUCAACAUAAUAGACGUCAAUUAGUUAAUUUUGGGGCAUUUUACAUUAUCUCCUGUUGAUUUUUGGUCACUGUUGAUUUUGAGGCAUUUCUAGGUCACCUCCUCUUGAUUUUGGGGGGUUUAUGGGUCACUUCCUGUUGAUCUUGGGUUACUGAAGAGAAAGUAACCCGGGAAUGAUCAAAACGAAAACUAACCCCAAAUGCUGCUGAGUCCGUGCCCGAUCCAGCCUCAGCUCGCCAGAUCCGCAUAGCAAUCACACCCGCUGACGUCAGUGCACCAGAUGCGGCCCGUAUCAUAAAUCUGACAGUACAAAUGAUAGGUUACACACUGGUCCGGGGUGGACCGUGCAGACCGAACGCGUUAAAAACCUGAAAUUUAACAAUUGGCGUUUGACGUCACAACAGCGCGCACCCUGAAGGCGGGCAUCCGCUGCGAAACCGGGCAUUGACAGCAAUGGCAACGAAGAUGGAACAUGUGUAUUUGCAGCUGCAGCUAACCAAUAUUUAACAAACAAAUUUUGUUAAUACAAAUGUUGAAGCGUAGGAAGACGUUUGGAAAGUUUUGAAAACGGCGGUGUUGUUGUGCUGGACCGGAAACCGUCUGAGCAGCAAAAUCACGUCACCGGCGUUGAUGUGACGCGUAGUCACGAUUUUUUGGAGAGGUGCACGUCAGAAUCAGCCUUAAACAGGAGAACUUACAAGCUUGAGGACACAUCAUCUCGCCGUACGGAAAUUUUUAUGGUAAGAGCUUUAUUUAAAGUCGUUAUUGCGUUUUGAAGUCGCUUCUUGACUGUUAAACAAGUUAUUCAAUCGAGCGUUAAUAAAAUGGCCGUUGUAUUCAAGUGCCAUGUCUGCUAGUUAAGUCAUUCAAAAUUUUUUGCAUAACAGCAUAUGGGGGGAGAAAGCAUUUACUCUGUGUUGCUGUAAAUGUUUCAAUGUUUGAAUAGUAUACUAUUAUUGAAAAUGAGCCCCUCCUCCUUGUGUUUGUGUAUUUGUGUCACUGCCUUGAUUGCACAGAAUUGUGAGCCUGGAACCAGGUGCCGCUCAGCAGCUUACUUAAACCGGUCAUCGCCAUAUCAACAACUCACCUACAGGUAUGUGACUUUCAGUUUACACAGAAUAUUGUUAUCCUGAUACUGAGCUAAUUUUUGUGUUUUUGCCCCCUAGAUCCUGUACUGCUUGCAUGGCAAAACUCCUGCCUGCCUGUUCACCUGUUCUAUCACCAAACUGCCCACUGGAUUCGUCGGACACUAUCUACUACUCCCUCUCAUCGUCAAUGAAUUAGGUCCCCCGUUUCCCCAAAACCUUAACAAAUACAAUAUGUUGUUUACCGUCUAAAGAAGGGUCAUCUUUAAUGUGGAGCUGCUUGCUCCAAUUAAAAUAUUUUGUGAAAAUACAAUGUUGUAUUUUUAUGUUGUUGUAUGUUGAAUUAAUG